AUGAAGAUCCUCUAUAUCGGAGUUUUUCGGAAUGGUCUUAACCCGGACCGUAAAGCAGGUGAUCCGAAACGUGAUACCGUGCAGCUCUGCGGCGAAAAAGAUCUCUCGCCCAUCAACUACCUGAAGCGAUCUGGAGCCGAGACGGUCAUGAUGAUCGACGUCCACGGCGUCGCCGAGGGCACCCAGCCCGGUCAACGCCAUGACAUGGAUCACCUGGGAUACAUCUUUCACGGUUACAGCCGGGUUAAGGGGAUAUCUGGUGUUAUUGUCACUGAUGGUGAAUAUCCUUCACUUGUUGCUCACCAGCUUCUCUCCAAGAUCAUGGACGAGUUUCUCACAAAGUACCCUCGUGCCGCUGUCGACCCUUCUCCAACUGAGAACGCAUACCCGUUAUCCGUGCCGCUCAAGCAAUGGAUUGAAAAAUACGACAAUCCCGAAAAUGCCGAUAGUAUCAUAAAAAUUCAGCAGGAGCUUGACAGUACCAAGAUUGUUCUGCACAAAACUAUCGAGUCUGUUCUCCAGCGAGGCGAGACGCUUGACCAACUGAUGGCAAAAUCUGCCGACUUGAGCAGUAGCUCGCAAAAGUUUUAUAAGCAAUCCCGAGAACAAAACAACUGCUGUAUCGUGAUGUAG